UCACCUGUCAGACAGGAGGUGUUGAACUUUCACCUCCACGGUGACAUUCAUGGUAACUGCCUGUUCUCAGGUCAGUAGCCGCGAAUUCCCCCUGACAUUUUUAAGAUGCACUGUCUUGUCAGCAUGAAUAAUGAAGGCUUACUGAACCGGUUAAAAUAGGAUGUCAACAAGUGACGCAGGAGAGUUGGAGCUCAUCGUUGUAGGAGGAGAGACAGCUACGCCUCUGUGCAGGACUGCACGAGCUACACGGACUACAACCGCAAGAGACCAACAGGAUGAAACAUUCAGUGAAAGGUUCAAGCGGGAGAAACAUCAAGAUGAUGACACCCCAACUGGACAGCAGUGUCACCCAUUGGCCAUCAGACGGGAAGAAACGCACAAAGCACUAAUAUUAAGAGCGGAGAGACUAACAAAGGAAGCUGCUGCUCACUGUGGUGAAUCAAAGGUCCAGACCCAGAAGUACACUGGACCCAGAUUCACCUCCUCCCUCCUCUUAAGACUCUCCAGAAAUCCAGAGCGAAGCCUCAAGAAGAGUUCAGACCCCUGUCUGCACAGUUCAACUGAAACACAGAGGGCUGAGGCUGAGAAGAGCAGCAGUCAGGUUGAUGGACAAACGUCACCAGAUACCUCUAUAAAAGCAGCCAGUGACUCUCCACUGUCUGAAACAACACAGUUUCCAGCCAAGGAGAAAGAAAAGGUUAUUACAGAUGUUUGCAAUGAACUGGGGUCCACCACAGACUUGAGUGUAACUCCAAGUUUCUCAAAUGGGAAGUUUGGACCACAUGAGUGUAAUGGCUUGCACAUGCUUCCAUGUGGACCCCAACCAAGGACUGACACCAGAUCAGUUGAGUUAGAAGAUAUAAGAGACCAUAGAAAGCAUAUUGAUCUUGUGGAAAUAUCCAGCCCGACUAGAACCAUGUUGUCUUCCACUGUGGUAACAGUUCUUGCCCCACACUGGAGUACCCGACUACGACGGACCAAAAGACCUGAGGGAACAGGCGAUUCGGAAGCCCAGGGCAGUUUACAAGAUGUGACAAACACUGCAGCAAACCGUGCACGUGAACCCUUUCAGGAGACUGUGGGCAGGUCAGUAACAGAUGGAUCGCAAGCACCCUUAAGGGUGCCAUUCCUGGGUACCAGGAGGAAUACAGUGGGCUGGUCAACAAAGAGUGGCCCUGCAAGCUUGAACUAUGAAUCUAAGAGGAAAAUGAUUCAGACGAUUUCUUUGGAUGUAAACUCUGGAAGGGUGGACAAUAGAAAAAUGGAUACAGAUACUUUCAGUUAUGUACCCACAACUCAGUCUCCUACGUCACCCCUCCCCCUUGACCCAAAUGAACAAAGGAUGAAUCCACAAACAGGUCAUCAGGGAGGAAUCUCACAUUUAAGUUCAAAACCAACAACCAGCAGUCUGCUUCUGUCCUUAAGAAGAGUCCAUUCAAAUGGCAGGAACUCCAAUGCAGGCUCCAGCCUCUCUGAGACAAAUCCUUCGCUUCUGAGCAGUUUGCCAAGUGAUCAAGAUGGAAAAUUAUUCACAACACACCUUUCUCAAACCUUUCUCAAUAACAAUGGAAUAGAGAGGUCAAAGCCCCUUCUCUCUCCAUCGUCCAUUUUUUAUAGGACAACUCAAAGUGGGCCUAUCCUUUCCCCAUCAUCGCCCAACCAAAGAGAAAGGAACACAUUUGAAACCCGUUUCUUUUCAACAUCACCCAAAGACAUGGAAGACACACCCUUUUCCCAACAGCGUCAAACAAUGAAUCGGACCCAGUCCAGUCUUUCAAGUUCCAAACAGGCAUUUCUAAGUAAAGGACCAUCAGAGGGACAAGAGAACUGCAGGAGUUCAGUAUUCUUUGAGAGCAAUGCCUCUUCACCCAGACACUCCCCAUAUGACCGAUCUGCCCUCCCUAGAAGGACCACCCUCACAUCCACUUCAUGGUGGAAACAGUCUAACCUGGAAGAUAGUUCCCCUCUAGCCCUCAGUGAUACAAAAGACAUCAAAGAAAAAGCAAACACACCCUUAGUUCCACCCAGCAAUAAUAAUAGGGAUCUGGCCUCUCCGACUGACAACAGCAGAUUUAGUAGUCAAAUCCCCAAUAACAGAGACAACAAUAACACAACAGAGUCAGUUUGCAAAGGUAACAUGAACCUCAUUAUGAAGAUACAGGGAGGAACUGACCACAAAUCAGAACGGGUUGUCAGAGAGCAAUAUGGCUCUAAUUUAAAUAACAGAGAACCACAAAAGCCACACAGUUUGCCCGGUGUUUUGUCUAGUUCUAAAAUUAGCAGAGCUACAGAGCAAGCAACACUGAGUCACCCGAAAGAUCUAAGCAGGGAUGAUGUAAAUAAUAGUUCAUUUACAGCAAAUGUAACUGAAUUACCACCUACUUUGCUAAAUCCCAAGAGCUCAAAUACACCCACUGAGAGCAGCAGCAGAUACAACAAUAAUCACUGUACAUCCAAAACUAACAGCACCCCCGCAUCUUCACACAACAAGGACUCUCAAAAGUUUACCAAACCACCUCUUUCUCUUGCUACCACCAACACUCUGAGUAGUCAAGCUCUUUCCUCCAAAACUACCUCUGCUCUCCCCCUAACCCCAAACACUAAAACAAGUUCCUCCUUCCAGUCUCAUCCAGUUGCUUCACAGACCAGUAUUCAUGCGUCAUCAUACACUGGCUCUUCUUCCCAAACAACCAAAUUCAAGACAGCCAGUGCCACACCUCUUGGCUUUGAAAGAAGCUAUGCCUCAGUUCUCAGGCCUGUGCACUCUAAAACUGCGUCCAGCCUGAUUUCCACAGUUAAUGCCUCCUCUCGAACAAACAACAGUCCCAUAUCCACUCCUUCCACCAGCUCUGCUUUUACCACUGGCAGCCAUCCUACAGGCACAACUGCCCCCAGCCCAUCUCUCCUUACUCCUCCUGUCACUUCUGCUGUUGCAUCUUUUCCCACCACUAUCACCACUACUUCUCUCUUAACCCCUCCUGCCACCCCUAUCAUCACCAGCCCCAACUACUCAGACACUUCGAGUCCUAAAGAGGGAAGGACUUUCUCAAGCAGCCCAGAAAGCGACCCAAAGAAACGGCGCCCCCAUGUAGAGGGAAAGAGAGUGAGACGAGUAACAUGGGAGGACUCAGUGGAUUUGAAGGAUUCUGAGCCCACAGUGGAGAAGCCAGAGCCAUCUCAAGUCUCAGCGAGCCCUCUGUCUCUCUCCAGGUCGCCGCAAAGUGUCAAAGUUCCAUCCAUCAUUUCCGUUCUGAGAUCAAGCAGUCAAACCACAGACACAUCUCCUCUUUGCUCCGCUAGCCCCAACAGCUCCAGCAUACAGGUGGGGAAAGGGGGGAAGUAUCGAUCCUUAUCAUCCGACUCUGCUGAUUUAGUGUCCAGAGAGCAGGAGAGGUCUAAGCAAAGACAUAGUGACCCUAUGACGUUUGACCAGGGAAGACGGGACUUAAGCACACCCAGACAGGAGAGGACACUAUCAGUUGAGUCUGGCACAGUUCAGUGCCGUUCUUCUGCCCCUCUCUCCCUCCCUCCUGACUUUUCAAGUGGUUAUAAGCUUCGAUAUAGCUCCCCACCUUACUCCACUCUAAUGUCUACCAGGUCAACACAGGGAGAAACCAAGACAAUAUUACCCAGAUCACCGCUCUUCCAACAGUCCCAGUACACCCCACAUCUGUCCAUGCGUACUGACCCAGUUGCCGCCAUGGCCAUGCCCAUGCCCACAUCCAAACCCCCUCUGUUACCUGUCAGCCUACCCCAGCCCCUGUCUUUGCCUUUCCAAAACAAAACUUCCACCCAAGGAAGUACAAAGUGUGGGGUUUCAGAAGCUGAUCAGGUCAACAAUAAUCAGAGCAAGAACGGCAUCCAAGAUUGCCAGAAUGGUCAAAUAUUACUUGUUGACAACAGACUUCACAAGGCACAAAGCCCCUCCUCAACAUGUGUAACUGAGACACUGGUUUACAGUAUUAAAUCUAAAGUAGAUACAGCUACAGCGGCCCCGAAGAACACCACACCUAAACCUUUGCAACAUACUGCAAACACACCCGUUUCUGUGGAGACCAAGUUAAGUCAACACAAGUCACACAGAGGGCAGUGUAAGGAAGCUACAAGAGAACCAUGUUGUCAUUCAGAUCAGAGCUCCAGUGGUAGCAGCUCAACAGGGAGUCAGCCCCCUGGUGAAAACUCUAAGAGAAGAUUGAAGGAGAGUGUACUGGGUAAAAGCAGAUUUUUUUCAGUGGAGAGCAAUAGUGAACAAAGCCCAAAGAGAAGCCGGUUUGCACUUAAGAAAAGCGUCAGCACACCAAGCUCCAGUUUGUCAAGGUCAGAGUCAGACAGGGCCAGCAAGACUAAUAACAAAAUGGACCAAGUUCUUAACAGACUGAAACAAACAUUCAGCACCAGACGGUCUGAGGAUGAUGUAUCGUUUCCAUGGAAAUGGAAGCGAGCCUCCCAAACACCUUCUGUUAGUGGAUCAAGCGAUGUCAGUGAUAUCACUGUUGAGAGUACAAAAAAGCUGGAGAAGCAAGAGCAGGACAAAGGAAUGGUGCUGAAGGACGAUGAAAAGAGAACAGAGGAUACGAAUAGGUGGACACAAAACAGAUACACUCUCAUACCACUCCCAGCUACAGGGGGCACAAUAGCAGGAGAAAAGCUUCCCAUUUGGUCAGACGAAUCAACUCUAGAAACUGACCAAGAAGAACAAAAUGUUUGUGCGAAACACAUGGAAAGUCAAAACCAGCCUCAUUUGACAAUCCACAGCCCAACAAUGCAGAAUUUUGAAUUUUACAAAGAUGAGACAGAUUAUAAACCAACAAACCACUUCCUCUCUUGUAGAGAUCCCAGCCCUAGUAGGAGCCAUAACCCCUCAGCUGCUUAUCCUAAUCAGUUUAGGAAGUCCACAUCCAGCCCCAGGAGCCCCUUCUCCCCCUUCUCCUCUCUGUCCCCUGUCUCACCAUUUACCUCGCCGGAUGCUACAGAUGACAGUGUCUUCUACAGCCCAAAGCUACAGCGUCGCAGAGAGUCCCCCUUACCGUGUGAGCCGGUAGAGGGAAUCAGCCUGGGUGGUUCAAGAAGAAGCCGGGCAUCCACUGGCCCUCCAAGUGCAGGUCCAGGACAGGACAAUGAAAGUUUGGCGUCCUCCUAUGCAGACUUAAAGUAUGGCAUUGAGCCUGGGAGGUCGUUUUCUGUGAGUUCGGUACUAUCCAGUCGACCCUCAGGGCCUGGUCGCAUCUCCACUGGAUCCAGGUUCAUGAGUGUGGGUGACCUCUCUGAAUCUGCCUUGAUUUGUGGAGGCACUGACGAGGACUUGGAUCAGUGGUCUGUCAAUCCUGAUUGGACCACGGAAUAUGAUUGCCAGCCCAGUAAGGACAGUAAAAUGUUAUAUUUUCCCAGUGACCCUGGUAAAAUGAGAUCAAGAUCUCUUCCUCGAUCACUGACCAGGCGCUUGGCAAACUGGAGCUCAGAAGUCUCCACUUCUCCAACUGUAACUACCACAACCUCAAAACCAGCCCGCCUUUGGAGCCCUAACAUGAACAUUUGUCACUUUGCAUGGGAUACAGAGGGUCCUCCGACGCCCCCUCCAACACCUCCCCUAUCACCAGUGUCUAGACGCAUGUCCAAACCUCCCAGCCCUUCCUCACCUAACUUUCCCAGCUCAUCAGGUGCACCACAGCAAGUGGACAGCCAAUCCUCCAGAGGGCAUCUGCCCUCCAGAGGUUAUGUAUCCAGCCUUAGCACCUUUGACGAGUCUUCAGACAGCGGCUCAGACACGACGACAGAUGAUGAAUAUUACUUAGAAACAAAUGAGAACGAAGAUAAAGAGACAGAACUGUGAAAGCAGUCGCUUUAAAUCUUUCCUUCUGUCAAGUCUCUGUGAUUGUCGACUUCAUUAUCAGAGAAGAAAGAUGGGCUUAAAUCUAUUAUGUAAAGUUACCUUUGCUUGUCUCCUUUUUUUUUUUUUUGUUCUCUGCUCUUUCAUUGUCACAAAGGAGACAUUAGGUCGAUACAGUCAGUUUUUUGCCUGCAUGAUUUGCUUGGUCGCUGUCAUGUCAAAAAGACAUUAAAUGAGUAACUUAAAUAUAUCAGCUGAGGUUUAAAGAUUAUAAUGUAUUUAUGUACAGUAUAUGACUGCAGAUCUACAAUCUGCAUUGUUUAACAUUUAUAGUUGGACAGUUGCAUGGCAUCAGUGCGGGAUGUACAUCUGUGUAGUUGUUUUAAUGAUCAAACUACUGUUAAAGUUAGAAUUAUGGCAUAAGGCUAAUCUAAAGGUUUGCAUUUCAUCCUGCUACUUAACAUUAAGUGCUGAGGUAAUGUUGAUAAAUGUGCUCUCAUCAUCGGUUUUCUUCUAUGUUUGAAGGUUGAAAUGAAUUGUGGUAAAUGUUAUAAGCAUAAAGCAGAUUUAUUUUCUUAAUGUUGCUUUAAAGAUGUUAAACAGUUUUGUUGAAAAAUGAGAUGACACUGAAUCAUACUGUAUGUUAUACUUAACAAUUGAUGUCAAACAUUAUAAAGUGCUUUAUACAGUGCUUGCUCUUAUUUGCACAGUGGUAAUCUAAAGUUUAAUAUAUCUAUUUUAUAAAUAAAUGCAUU